ACUACACCAAGUGAGUCUGCCACAACAGUUGUGAUUUCAGAAACAACCACAGACCCCCUUUCUACAACUCCACCAUAUGGAACUACACCAAGUGAGUCUGCCACAACAGGUGGGACUUCAGAAAGAACUACACCAAGUGAGUCUGCCACAACAGAUGGAACUUCAGAAACAACCACAGACACCUUUUCUACAACUACACCACAUGAAACUACACCAAGUGAGUCUGCCACAACAGAUGUGAUUUCAGAAACAACCACAGAGCCCCUUUCUACAACUCCACUAUAUGAAACUACACCAAGUGAGUCUGCCACAACAGUUGUGAUUUCAGAAACAACCACAGACCCCCUUUCUACAACUCCACCAUAUGGAACUACACCAAGUGAGUCUGCCACAACAGGUGGGACUUCAGAAAGAACUACACCAAGUGAGUCUGCCACAACAGAUGGGACUUCAGAAACAACCACAGACAUGAUUUCUAUAACUACACCAUAUGAAACUACACCAAGUGAGUCUGCCACAACAGAUGUGAUUUCAGAAACAACCACAGAGCCCCUUUCUACAACUCCACUAUAUGAAACUACACCAAGUGAGUCUGCCACAACAGUUGUGAUUUCAGAAACAACCACAGACCCCCUUUCUACAACUCCACCAUAUGGAACUACACCAAGUGAGUCUGCCACAACAGGUGGGACUUCAGAAAGAACUACACCAAGUGAGUCUGCCACAACAGAUGGGACUUCAGAAACAACCACAGACACCUUUUCUACAACUACACCACAUGAAACUACACCAAGUGAGUCUGCCACAACAGAUGCGAUUUCAGAAACAACCACAGAGACCCUUUCUACAACUCCACUAUAUGAAACUACACCAAUUGAGUCAGCCACAACAGUUGUGACUUUAGACACAACCACAGACCCCCUUUCUACAACUCCACCAUAUGGAACUACACCAAGUGAGUCUGCCACAACAGAUGGGACUUCAGAAACAACCACAGACACCAGCUCUACAACUAAACAAUAUGAAACUACACCAAGUGGGUCUGCCACAACAGAUGGGACUUCAGAAACAACUACACCAAGUGAGUCUGCCAUAACAGAUGGGACUUCAGAAACAACCACAGACACGAUUUCUAUAACUACACCAUAUGAAACUACACCAAGUGAGUCUACCACAACAGAUGGGACUUCAGAAACAACCACAGACUCCAUUUCUACAACUUCACCAUAUGAAACUACACCAAGUGAGUCUGCCACAACAGAUGGGACUUCAGAAACAACCACAGACACCAUCUCUACAACUACACCAUAUGAAACUACACCAAGUGAGUCUGCCACAACAGAUGGGACUUCAGAAACAACCACAGACACCAUUUCUACAACUUCACCAUAUGAAACUACACCAAGUGAGUCUGCCACAACAGAUGUGAUUUCAGAAACAACCACAGAGCCCCUUUCUACAACUCAACUAUAUGAAACUACACCAAGUGAGUCUGCCACAACAGUUGUGACUUUAGACACAACCACAGACCCCCUUUCUACAACUCCACCAUAUGGAACUACACCAAGUGAGUCUGCCACAACAGAUGGGACUUCAGAAAGAACUACACCAAGUGAGUCUGCCACAACAGAUGGGACUUCAGAAACAACCACAGACACGAUUUCUACAACUACACCAUAUGAAACUACACCAAGUGAGUCUACCACAACAGUUUUGACUUCAGACACAACCACAGACCCCCUUUCUACAACUCCACCAUAUGGAACUACAACAGAUGGGACUUCAGAAACAACCAUAGACACCAUCUCUACAACUACACCAUAUGAAACUACACCAAGUGAGUCUACCACAACAGAUGGGACUUCAGAAACAACCACAGACACCAUAUCUACAACUUCACCAUAUGAAACUACACCAAGUGGGUCUGCCACAACAGAUGGGACUUCAGAAACAACCACAGACACUAUUUCUACAACUACACCACAUGAAACUACACCAAGUGAGUCUGCCACAACAGAUGUGAUUUCAGAAACAACCACAGAGCCCCUUUCUACAACUCCACUAUAUGAAACUACACCAAGUGAGUCUGCCACAACAGAUGGGACUUCAGAAACAACCACAGACCCCUUUCUACAACUCCACCAUAUGGAACUACACCAAGUGAGACUGCCACAACAGAUGGGACUUCAGAAACAACCACAGACCCCUUUUCUACAACUACACCAUAUGAAACUACUCCAAGUGAGUCAGCCACAACAGAUGGGACUUCAGAAACAACCACAGACACGAUUUCUACAACUACACCAUAUGAAACUACACCAAGUGAGUCUGCCACAACAGAUGGGACUUCAGAAACAACCACAGACACCAUUUCUAUGGGACUUCAGAAACAACCAUAGACACGAUUUCUACAACCACACCAUAUGA